GUACUCUGCUCCUUCUCUUUCAUACUGGUAACCAUGGAAACUGUAAAGCACGCUUAUAUUCUGCGCUUGUCUGCGCCGCAGAAUAAUUAUAUCGUGCAUUGAUAAUUAUUUUUCGUUUUUCGUAAAAUACACAUGAAUAUGGAGAAAUAUGAUAUUAAUGGUCAGAUUGGCGAAGGAGCGCAAGGCUUGGUCCUGAAAGCAUAUGACAAAUCCAGAGAUGAGGAAGUGGCACUGAAGAAGAUCCUGAUUAAAAAGAGCGAGGGUGGUCUGCCCAUAUCCAUCAUACGUGAAGUAAAAAGUCUACAGCAACUCAAGCAUCCUUACGUUGUGGAACUGCUGGAUGCUUUUCCAAACGGUUUAGACUUCGUAAUGGUGUUCGAAUAUAUGCCAACAGGUCUCUGGGAACUAUUAAGAGACUCUGAGAUAUCCUUGACAUUAGCGCAAAUCAAAACGUACAUGAAAAUGUUGUUUGAGGGUAUUGCAUACGUGCAUAGCAAGAAUAUAAUACACAGGGAUUUGAAACCUGCGAAUUUGUUGAUAAGCGAUAAAGGUAUUCUGAAAAUCGCGGAUUUUGGUUUGAGCAGAUUGAUGUGGCGAGACGGUACGAAGCCGUAUUCACAUCAAGUCGCCACACGAUGGUAUCGAGCGCCAGAGCUGCUUUAUGGAGCACGUUAUUACACAUCCGCAAUCGAUAUUUGGUCGAUCGGUUGCAUAUUUGGUGAAAUGCUGAACGCUUCCCCAUUAUUUCCAGGUGAGACUGACAUCGAACAACUAGCCAUCGUUUUGAAGUACAUGGGUUCUCCUACGUCUGAAUCCUGGCCCGAAUUAAGUUCGUUACCAGAUUAUAACAAAAUCACCUUUCCUUAUCAUAAAGGCACAACAUGGGAGAACAUUAUUCAAGACGCGCAGCCGGAAGCUAUCGAUUUAAUCAGGCAGAUUUUGAUUUACAAUUCGUCGAAACGUCUUACAGCUGAACAGGCAUUGUGUCAUAUAUAUUUUUACUCCAAACCAUACCCUUCUAUGAAGAAUCUAAUAAAACCACCACCGGAUCAUCGCCUCCGCGUAAAAUCGAAAGAAAUCGAUCCAAAUGUGCAAGUGAGCAACCUUUUCGAAAAUCUUCUAAGCAUUGUGUGACUGCCACGAUGUAUAUUAAUUGAUUUUAUUUAAGAUCCAUUUCUGUAAAACGCAAGUAUUCUUUUGAAUACCUCCGGAUUAUACUCCUCGACUACUGGCUUGCCAUUAUUGUAUUCAGCUUUUUCAUAGAGUGUUAAUGGCGGUAGAGCGCACCAGAAAUUCUU